AUGGCAUCAACUAUUGGAAAGAUAAUCCCUCUCGUUAUCGCUAUCCUCCUCGUAUCUGCCAUCGCGUGGGUUCUAUACCAAGUCUAUGAAUCAGCAACCAAGUUUCGCGACACGGCGUCGGAGCGAAUGGGCAAGAAGAACGUCGUCUUCACCAAGGACGGCGUGCGAGUUGGUGUAAAACAUGUGCAGAAUGAGAAAUACGUUGAUAAGACCCAGAGUUGGGUCGUGAAGGCCUGGAACCUGGGCCAGCCGCAGUCACAACCUAAGGAAGACUUGGCAAGGCGAAGGAAAUAG